GUUUGUGAAAGAGAAGAGAAGUAUGCUUAAUGCAGUGAAAUUAGCGAGACCGCUUCACCAAAAAUCUCUCCCAAACGCCAAUCACAUAGCCCCGUCUUGUGCAAUACGAUUCGCGUCCAUCAGAAUGGAAUCGCACAAACAAAAACAAAGGGAGCCUGACUCCAAGAAACAGACUGACUCUGAAUCCAAAACAGUGGACUCGAUGUCUUCUUUUGGCGAAGGAUACGCGACCCGGUCGGAUGAAGAGGGGUUUGGUGGAAUCUAUGGUGGGAACCAAUACGUUUCAAAGGAGGGAGAGGAGAAAGAUGAGUUCGACCAUAAUCAAGGAAGCCACGUCAAGGAGAAGGAGAAAGCUCGACACCAAACCAGCGUGGACUGAGCGCAACCAAUUUUAUGUCCUUAAUUAAUAUCCUUUUCCUGCUUUUGUAGUUAGUGUCUUUGGUUUUUGACUACUUUGAUGCUUUUAUGCAUAUUUAAUUUUGUUGCAAAAGUACGGUGAGGAAGGGCGGAAAUAAUAUUGGGCAAAUUACUACUUUUA